UACAGAUAUAGAGGAAAGAAAGUAAAUUUUGAGACAAAUUUACUGAAUGUCAGAGGAAUAUCAAAAGUGUAAAAACUAAAAUAUAUUUUAUAACAACGGAACGUUCUUGUAGACAGUUUCACAACAUGAACUAAUAGUAACUUGGAUAGGAAUCUGUUUAUACACUUAAUAUGCUGUUAGAUAUAAGGAAAUAUUAGACAUGAAUAACAUUACGGAUUUAUACCUGGAAUCGGACGUUCCUGACAGAAAGAACAAAUUUAAAAUAACGCUUUUUGUUGUUCUUGCAAUUGUUGCUUUGGCAACAUAUUUUGGGAAUAUCUUGAUUCUUGUGAGCCUUAGGAAAUUUACCAAGUACUUGAAAGGAACUCCUUAUAUAUUGCUAGGAAACUUGGCUGUAGCGGAUCUAUUGUUAGCAUUUGCACUAACUCUCGAACUCAUUGGGUCGGUGUUAACAUCUCUACAAAUGAACAGAUAUUACUGUGUGGUGAAAAUAAUGAUUACAGCAGUAUCAUUGGCUACAUCCGGAAAGUUGCUCCUUUUUAUAUCUGUAGACAGAUUUUGUGCGAUUAUGUUCCCGAUGAAACAUUUAGCGCGUUCAAGGAAAACAAAAACAAGAAGGGUUAAACUUGCGCUUACUUGGUCCAUUUCAGUCUUAGUGGGUGUUAUCCCUAUUGCAGUUAAUGCAAGUUCAUCAAAAGUUAUUAACUGCUACAAAGUGGGAGAACUGAUACCGGAGGUAUUAUCAUUGUUAGCAUCUACCAUUAUCCUGUUACAGUUUGUUAUCAAUGUCGUUUUAUGUUUAAUAGUUAUGUGGAGACUUAGAACUAAUACAAUGUCAAGACAAAAGUAUAAAAGCAGCAUGAUAAAAUGUGGAUUUUUGAUUAAGGUGUAUGUCGUUUUUGUAAUUUGUUGGUUUCCUUUCGUUUUGAAUACCUUUUUAGUUACUAUGUCUGAUGAAAAGCAACGGUAUAUGUCUUUCCGUAAAUAUACCAUCAUUCCAGGAAUAAUGAAUUCUGCAAUGAACUGGAUUAUUUAUAGUCUGGCGAAUAAAAAAAUGAGAAAUGCAUUCAAACAUGUCUUACUUUGUCGAAACGAGAGAGAACUUCGUGCAACAAGCUACAUUCAAGCGAUGUAUUCGGAAACAAUGACAAGCAGAACUGAUCGCGAAAGGCAACUGGUUCAGUCUAGUGAUGCAUGUGAGACAGUUACGUAAUGUAUAUAAUUCAAAGACUAUACAGUUUUCUAUUUAUUUAUUUUACUCAAAGUUUGCUCAUUUGCAGACCUCAAUCAAUCUAUUCAAAAUAACUGAUAAAAUAUAGUUAUCGGGUUUGGUUCUAUUUUAUUUAUUUUUUCCUAACGAAAAGGUUUUCAUU